CUCCAGGGUUCUCUCUUCGGCGGCUGCAGCUCUGCCUCGUCUGAGAUCCUUCCCACUGGCCAGGAAUGACGCCCCACCCAUUCUCUGGCCUCCCCUGGGGGCCUUGCCCUUGGUGCUGGAUUCCUGUGCUCUGACCUUGGAGGAAUUGCCCUCCUGUGUGUAUGGGAUGACCACAGGCCUCCCUCUCACUCUUGCUGCUCUCCGCUCCUCAUACCUGCCCUGUGACCUCAAGUUCGGGAUUCAGUUUGUUGCCCCGGGCAGAGUCUGGUUUUUCUCCAGAAAUUAGAUGCAGAAUCAGGCCUAACCAGCUUCUCAAACUCACAGACUUGGUCAGCAAAUAUCCCCAAGCCUCAAAGGCUGAGACACCUGGAGGAACGAUGCCAGCAGAGACAAAAACGACAUUGAGAGGGGCGAGAGCAGGAUGUGAGCAGAAUCCUCCAGGCCCUGCACGAGUGCCUUGCUGCCCUUCCCCGGCAGCAGCUCCGGAGCGUCGUGGGCAUCGGGGUGUCGGGCCAGAUGCAUGGAGUCGUGUUCUGGAAAACAGGCCAAGGCUGUGAAUGGAUAGAGGGAGGGAUUACCCCUGUGUUUGAGCCCCGAGCUGUUAGCCACCUGGUCACGUGGCAGGAUGGCCGAUGUAGCAGCGAAUUCCUGGCGUCUCUACCCCAGCCGAAGUCUCAUCUCAGUGUGGCCACGGGCUUUGGCUGUGCAACUAUCUUCUGGCUUUUGAAAUAUUGCCCGGAGUCCCUGAAGUCCUACGACGCAGCCGGUACCAUCCAUGACUAUGUGGUUGCCAUGCUGUGUGGCUUGCCAAGACCCCUGAUGUCCGACCAGAAUGCUGCUAGCUGGGGCUAUUUCAACACGCAGAGCCAAAGCUGGAACGUGGAGAUACUGAGGAGCUCAGGUUUUCCCGUCCACCUGCUCCCGGACAUUGCCGAGCCUGGCAGUGUGGCAGGCAGAACUUCCCACAUGUGGUUUGAAAUCCCGGAGGGGACGGAGGUGGGAGUGGCCUUGGGUGAUUUACAGGCCUCUGUCUAUUCCUGCAUGGCCCAGAGGACAGAUGCAGUUCUCAACAUCAGCACCUCGGUUCAGCUGGCAGCCUCCAUGCCUUCGGGAUUCCAGCCUGGAGAGACUCCAGACCCUACGGCCCCAGUCGCCUACUUCCCAUACUUUGGCAGGACCUACCUGGGGGUGGCCGCGUCACUCAACGGGGGCAAUGUGCUGGCCACGUUCGUCCACAUGCUGGUUCAGUGGAUGGCAGAUCUAGGCCUGGAGGUUGAAGAAUCCACUGUCUAUUCAUGCAUGAUCCAGGCAGCUGUGCAGCAGAGAGAUACCCACCUGACUAUCACCCCAACAGUGCUGGGGGAGAGGCACCUGCCAGACCAGCUGGCCUCUGUGACCAGAAUCUCCUCCUCUGACCUCUCCCUGGGGCACGUGACCCGGGCUCUGUGCCGAGGCAUUGUUCAGAACUUGCACUCCAUGCUUCCGAUUCAGCAGCUCCAGGAGUGGGGCGUGGAGCGGGUGAUGGGCAGUGGGAGUGCGCUGUCCAGGAAUGAGGUGCUGAAGCAGGAGGUGCAGAGGGCUUUCCCUUUGCCCGUGUCCUUUGGGCAGGAUGUAGACGCAGCUGUUGGGGCAGCUCUGGUCAUGCUCCGGAGACACCUCAACCAGAAGGAAUCUUAAGACAGCAAACUCUUUCGCCAAAGGACUGCUGCGAAUUUUACCUGGUUAACAUUCCUGACACCAUCUGUGGGUCAUCCUUUCCCUGGACAGUUCAGUGGACAGCUUUUAAGCCGUGCUUGUUGUGAGGUUCCAUCUCAGCCAAGAACUUCCCUUCAGAACAUACUCUAAUAAGGCAGCCAGGAGCCGUCAGCCAGAUCCCAAAUGAGUGCCUUCUGGAAGAGACCCACCUGGGAGCUCUUUCCAAAUGUCAGUGUGGGAGAGAGAGAGCGUGAGAGCACAGUAACCCAGGCUCCUGGUCAGCAGACUCAUCUGUGGUUCACUUGUAGACAGAGAGCAGAGCAGUGUGUACUUCAGACACCAGAAAGUCUGGUGACUGUGGCCCCAAGUAAGAAAAGAAGAUCUGCCCCAUGCCCAGCUUUUGAUUAUUGUUUUUGGAGACCUGAAGCUCAGACUUGGGUCAUAUGGACUUCUGGAAAAGUUCUUCCCUCCUGGACUGAACCAUGUGACCAGAGGCCCCUUUCCUAGUCUCAUCCUCCCCUGGCCGCAGGUGCUUAGCUGGGCCAGGGAGUAACCCAAGCACGAUGCGGCAGGCUGGCUCAGAGGACGAUGCGGGGCUGCGUGCCGGCCUUCUUGCUGCAUGUACUCAGCCCCAGGAGGGCUUGCUGCACCCGGGCUGCCCAGAUCUUCACGGCACAACUGCCUGGAAGGCAGGUUGCAGAGAAGGAGAGGCAGAUGGCAUGAGCAGCAAGGGGGACCGAUGCUGUGCGGCUCACACCACUCCAGAACCUGACAAGCCACCCGCAGGACCCCUUGCCAGGGGCAUGUCUGUGCAGCAGUGUUUUUGCCCCUGCACAUUCCAGAAGCCUUCAUGGGAGGGGAUGCAGCCAGGCCGAUGCCUGCCAGAUGGGACAGGUAGUUCAUUCAAAGGGAACUCUGUAUCCCAUAGGCCUAGGCUCUCCUUUCGCUUGGCGUGGGUUUCACUGGCCCACUGUCUGUUCCUGGCUCAGCAGAAACAUCUGUAUGAGUCAGCAUCCCUGCAGGGACCCCAGAGCAUCGUAAGCCUUCCUGUGAUUGGUAGGGAUGGCUAUGGGGUGGUUUCCAGAAGGGGGCCACCAUCGCUGCAUCUACUCCCAGACCCCCAAAGGAGCCCAGGCUCAGGCAGGCCUGAUCCAGAGGCACCCAGGCAACCACGAGUUUGGGAGGCAGUCGUCGUCUCUCUCUCAGUAUCCACGACAGGUAUGAAACAUAUUGUCUCUUUAUAAAUGUCAUUUUACAAAUUAUGCGAUGAUCUGGAAGCUC